AUGGGAAUAGUAGUAAGUAAGCCACAACACCGAGUUUCACUCGGGUCAAUUUUAGACAAUUCUUGUGAAACCAUACAAGAAAUUUCUGUCCGCACAGUUUAUCGGUUUGGAAAAAUAAUAGGAGCUGGUCACUUUGGAGUUGUCAGAGAAGCCUUCUCAUCAGACUCAUCACUCAAGGUUGCAAUUAAAUCAAUAUCCAAAGGUGCUAGCGACUACAGCAGAGCUAAAGUUUUAACUCCCCCUCCGUGAGCGAACCAAAAUUUUUGUUCGCUCACGAUCGGGAUUAAUUUUUUUUUAAAUUUAGAUUUCAUUGUAUUAAUUAUCACUUAUAUAUCAAUAUUUUGUUUCAUAAUGUUAAAAAUUUUUUGUUCGCUGGGUUUUUGAUAAAAAUUCAAUUUUUCCAAUGAUUUUGGCCGCUCUAGGAGGGAAGGAGUAAGAGAAGUGAAAAUGCUUAAAUCUGUAGACCAUCCAAAUAUUAUUAGAUUUUACGAAGCUUACGAGGAUGAAAAAAGUAUCCAUGUAGCUACUGAAUAUUGCGAAGGUGGACACCUAUGGGGCAGGAUGCUUACUUCCCCUCUAAGCAAACAAAAAAUUUUGUUUUCUUAUGUAGGUAAUUAUUUUUAAUAUAUAAAUUUAUAGUAAAAUUUGUUUUUUGAAAUUUAAAAACAUUCUAAAUCGCAAAAAUUGAAAGCAAAAUUAAUUUAAUGGAUAAAUUUAUGUUUUAAAAUGCAAGCUGUAUAAAAUUCAACAGAAUAGCUUAAUAUCAAAGUAUUUUUUAUAAAAUUUUUUUUUACUCAUGAUGUAGGUUUUUGGCUAAAAAAUAGUGAUUUUCUCAAAUAUUUUUUGCUCAAGGAUGGCGGAGUUAAGAAAGUCAAAUAUACUGAGACAGAAGCACAAGUUUUAAUCAAUCAAAUCCUUAUGGCUGUAAGAAAUAAAAUGAUAAUAUUGACAGAAUUUAGUCUCCGAGGCCCACGACCUAUGCUGCAUGCUGAUGAACUGAAAGCAGGGCCACUAUCCCUUUUUGAAGUGGUCUUCAGGCUUGGGAUGCCUUGUCGAAGAGGGAAGUUUUUGCUUCUCUCCCUAAAGUUUUCCUGCUCCUGUCAAAGUGGGGGUAUAGAAAUUGCCCGAGGAUGGCGCAAGAUAGCGCCAUCCUCGGGCAAUUUCUAUAGACAGGUUUUGUCUCUCACAUAAUCUCCAUCUAUCAGCGCACGGGAGAGUGAAAUUUUGGUCAGGCUAACAUCAUUUGCAAUCCGAUGUUUACGUACCCAGUAUAGCCCGCUUUUCCUAGAGUCAAGCUAGUCCAACUAAUGGGAUGCCGUUUAUGGCCUUUCCACAUUUUAGUCUAUACUUAUGGCUGUAAACUAUUUACACCUCCACAAAAUAGUUCACAGAGACAUAAAACCGGAGAAUUUUUUAUUUAUCUCCCCAGACCACGACGAAUUAAAAUUGAUUGAUUUUGGCUUUGCAAAAAAAUACAACAAAUUUUUAUCAAUGCAUAAGCAGCUUGGGACAUCUUAUUACAUAGCUCCAGAAGUUCUCAAAGGCAAUUACAACCAAAAAUGUGAUGAGUGGGGAAUAGGGGUAAUAAUGUAUACAAUGCUAUAUGGGGAAAUGCCAUUUUAUUGCCAAGAUUUAUUUUUUACAUUUGAUAAAAUAAAAAGAGGAUCAUUUAAUACAACUAGCGACAGUUGGAAUCAAAUUUCAUCCACAGGGAAAGACUUGAUAAAAAAAUUGCUGUCAGUGAACCCUUCAAAACGAAUUUCUGCUAAAAAAGCAUUAAAUCAUGAAUGGUUCCAUAUCUUUGCCGACAAUAAUCCUCUGAUUGAUAGCUCUCUAAUAGUCUCUUUCCAAGAGUAUUGCAAGUCUUCGCUAUUUUGUAAAGAGCUGUUGAAUUUGAUGAUUAAAAACAUAACUUUCGAUGAGUUAAGAGAACUAAACAAAUUAUUCUUAUUUCUACAUAUAAUUAAAAUACAUUUUUAUUCCAAUUUAAAGCUUUAUUAAUUAAAAACGGUUUAUUUAUCAAACUUGAUGAGGAAAAUAAAGGGAUGAUUUCCACAAAACAGCUACAAAAGCAUUUGCAGAGCUCGUCUAUAAGCAUUUCAGAAAAAAAAAUCAAAGAGCUUUUAAAAGAAAUUGAUACUGAUAAAGAUGGGAAUAUUAAUUAUACAGAAUUUUUAGCAGCUGCAGUAUGCUCAAAGCAUCAUUUUUCCCAAGAAGAAAUUUGGGCGAUAUUUGACCUUUUCGAUAUUGAAAGAAAAGGCUUUAUAACAGCAAAUGAUAUUAGAAGAACAAUAAAAAGAGAAGGCUGUGCAUUAGAUAAAGAUGUGGAAAGUAAAUUAAUUAAAACAAUUGAGAAAAAGGAAGCAAAAAUUGACUAUAAAAGAUUUUUGGAGAUCUUUAUGAAUGGUAUACAAAAGUAA